AUGGACCUGCAAUACGCAGCGGAUUUCACACUUGUUCCAUAUUCAAAGCUGGAUAUAAUAGCACUCCGCUGGAGAACGUAUAUCCGCGGUCAUCGUUGGGCCAUGUACCAUCUUUGGCAACAAGAGCAGGGAACAGACACGAAUGUCGAUUAUUCAGAACUUCUCAUGACAACAGCAGAUCUGAAUGCUACACGACCAGAAGAUCAGAUCUAUGGGAUGUAUGGGUGUGCUAAGAGAUUAAGAUUGGAUUGGCCAGCUCCAGACUACAAGAAAAGUGUUGCUCAGAUUUAUACUGAAGCUACAGUUGCUUCUUUUCGGAAAGACAAAGAUCUCAAAAUUAUGACGAUGGCCAUAGGUCCAGCGGUCGGAAAAUCAGGAUUUCCAUCUUGGGUGCCGGACUUCUCCGGGUCUACAAGUACACCCAGUCUAUUGAAGCCGCCAGAAUUGGCUACAGGAUUUGCUACGGACAAACAGUGUUCUGGGGCGUCUCAAUGUAUGUGGAAUUUCAUCCUAGACGGAAGGCACCUCGAAGUCAAAGGAAGAAGAUUCGACUACGUCGCGGCUGUCAGCGAACCUUGGCGCGCCGUACCUCCCCUGACAAACACUGAAAACAUGUCCACCAUUGAGGUUGCGUAUCAGAACGUCGAGAGAUUCAUAAGCUGUAUUGACUCCUCGUUCGAAGUCGCCUUACAACGUAACAAGAAUCGUGACAGCAGCACGAAUCUUGCGGACGAACUCGUGGCAAUCUUAGACCUUGCUGGUCUUUUCGAAAGCGCGUACUCUGAUUUCCAAUCUCUUGAUCGAGUAGCCGAAAAUAUCUCUCUAAUAACCCACACAAGAAAGAGCGAUGGAGACUUAAUCACAUAUCAGAUUGAUCGCGAGGACGACAAUUUCGAAGCGAUCGAUGAAUUUUCCAGUACAAUGCACCUAUUCCAAUGGACUUUGGUUUUCCAUACAGCAAACAAAUUCUGCAUGGGCAUCAGUAAUUACAAUGUCAAGGUCGGAGAUUUGUUGGUUGUAUUCCAUGGUAUGAAGGUGCCCUGUCUUAUAAGGCCUUGUGCAGGGGGUUUCAACUUCAUUGGUCAUGCUUUUGUGGAAGGGAUUCUGAACGGCGAGUUUUGGGAAAGAGGAUCAGACGAGGACGAUGAGUGGUUCACCCUGAUAUAG